ACUCUGUCCUGUGGAAUGAAGGCGUGUGCGUGUGUGAAUGUAUGUGUGUAUCUUGAAACCUGUCAAUGAGUAAACAUGCUCUCUCUGUCAAACUGGGUGUGUGAAAGAGAAAGGGAGAGAUAGAGAGAGAAAGAGAUAUCAAAGUGUUUUGUGGUGAACCUAACAACCAACAACGUCUAUUCUCAACUUAUUUCUACUAAACCACUUCCAUUGGUAGCAGACCAUUUAUUUCAAUACGAAGAGGAAGAGGUGACUUUUAAUUCACGGAACUCUUAGGUUCCUGCAAGACUGACGGGCAAUUCAGUUUACCUGUGUUGAGCUGGAAGAACCCUGAUAUGGGGAUCCCAUCCUUGUAGGAGAAGAACUGGUCAGAGAAAAUCCUUCUCCAACAACUGGGUUUUUUGCCAUGGCGCUCGUCAGAGAGGUUUUAGGGUCAACAUGGACAAACCUGUCUCCAGAGACGGCCAUCUUCUCCCUCCUCCUCCUCUUUCUCCUCUCCAUCCUUCUCCUCAUCCUAUGCACCAACUGUGGCAGUCACUCCUUCGAUCUGCGCAGGAAAGAGGAUGGACCUGAGUCUCUAAUACGUGUGGUGAGACUUGAAGAUGCCCUGAGGGAGAAUCCCAUGAUCAACAAUAUCAGGAAGGACGAGAAAGAGUUUCAAACGGAGAAUGGUGGCCCUGUCACUGUGUCUGCCUCCAUUCCUCAGUCUAGCUCAGUCUCUGGGUCUGAUCUAAUUUCUGAGAUCCAGUUCGCCUCUGGACAGGACAAUGGCACCUGGUACCAACCCUGGAGGAGCCACAUGGGGGUGCCAGAACAUGAUGGUAAGGUGAACAGAGAAACCCCCUAUUUGGAGCUCUGUACACCCCAAGGCCACAUGGACUCUUUCCUCCCGUCUGCCCUCCCAUUGCUCUUUGUUGACCCACCCCAGGUAAACACCAACAGGGGGACCAUCCAUCAGCCUCGGCCCAUGGAGGAGGGCCUGGGUCUGGAAAGGAUACAGGGGGCUUCUGUGGAGGAUCUUCACCAGCACAUCUAUGAUAUUAUUGGGGGUGAUAGGAAGGUUGAAGCCCUUCCUGUGGAGGUCAUCCUGGAUGAGGUGAACCUGGUAUCCCCAGGUUAUGAGUCUACAGUGAAAAUUAGAUCAAACCCAGCCAAGCAGCCAGACAUCAACUCAGACUCGAUCACAUCGACAGAGGAUGGUUUUACCAUGCCUGUCACCUCCACCUCCUUGAUGGAGGAGGUGAAGGCAAGUUUGAGUGACAAGGACUGGAAUCCAUUGUAUGCACAGGUAAGCAGAAGGUGUAAGUGUCCAACUCCACCCCCUGUUCCACCCCCAGAGGAUGAAAAAGAGAAUGAGGUGGAGGAAUCUUCACCUCCAUUACCAGACAGGAGUGCAGAACUAUAGGGUUGACUGUGAAUUAUUUUACCUGGAGUACAUUCAUACAUUAUUUUAAAAGCUCCAUAAAUUAGGAUUGCUUUGAUAAUUCCUAAGAUUUUUUUUUGAAAGUAUCAUGUCUAAAAAUUACAAUCCAAUGUGUUUAGUUUAACUUCAAGUUUAAUUUCAGAUAAACAAUAACAAAGUUAUUGGCAACAAAAUGUGUGGUUUUCAGGCUUCUUUAACAGUGCAGACAACAUUUGACUAUAUAGUAUAUAAAACAGGAAAUCAUUAAUUAACUAUUUAACCUAUAGCAUGCUCAACAAUGUGCAUUAUUUAUAAUAUAGAAAAUGUAAUAAUAUAAAGCACCUGUAUCUAAAGUGUUACCUGUUCUUUUUUAAAUUUUCUGGUUUCUUUUACAUACUGUGGACUGUUCAUGAAGCAAAUUGAAAGUUUAACUUUGAGAAAAAAGAAUUGGGGGAAAAUAAUGCUUUCAUUACAUUUGUAUGAAUAAUUAAGUGUGAAUAAAUUGCCCAUAUUACCAAUCUUUGUACUUACAAAUGUAAAUUAAAAAAACUUUGCGUCAAUAGAAUGAACAAAAACAAGUUCA